AUGAAUGAGCCAAAGGCCUUGUCGUCGAACAAUAUAACUGUGUGUUCUCUAUAUGGUUUGAAACAGGUUCCUCGAGCUUGGUUUACUCGUUUGCAUGACUUCUCAAUCUCUGUUGGCUUUCGAUUGCCCAAAACUGAUGUUUCUCUCUUGAUUUACUCAGCUAAAGGUACGCAGGUGUAUCUUUUGGUCUACGUCGACGAUAUUCUCAUCAUGAGAAGUGUUUCAACUUCUGUUUCUGCCUUGGUUGAUCGGUUGUCUUCGGUAUUUAAAGUCUGUGAUAUGGGAGCACCUUCUUUCUUUCUUGGUAUUGGGACGAUCUAUGUACCCAUUGGUAUGCUUUUGUUUCAUCGACGUUAUAUGAGUGCUAUAUUAAAGCUGUAA